AGCAACACUUCCGCUCAAACAGGCUGCCGUUGGAGAGUCUUAUGUUGAAGAAGCUCUGGAAAGUGUAAAUGAGGCAGAAGUGAAUUCAAAUGUUGCCCAGUAAAUGUCCACGAUUAGAUAUGAGUGAUGAAACGAAAUACAUGUCUAAUCUUCACUCAGAGCUACAGGUUAUGAAAGCAGAAGUGGAACCAGUGGAGUGCAAACGGUCACAGAUAUCGAAAACAGAAUCGGUAACAUACAGACCGACAUACCGAGCAAUUCUUGCAAGGAAAGGAUAUUUGGUUAGAAGGACUUUGGGCAGUGGAAGCUAUUCAAAGGUAAAACUUGCGUACUGUUUUUCAAAAGAACGUGAAAAAGUUGCAGUGAAAAUAGUUGAUCGUCUAAAAGCUCCAAAAGAUUUCCAGUUAAAGUUCUUGCCGCGAGAACUAGACAUAUGGCCUAAAAUGCGUCACAGUAACAUUGUGACUAUGAUGGAUAUGUUCGAUGAUGGGAGGCGCAUAUAUAUGAUUCUGGAAUAUUCGGAGAAUGGUGACGUCCUGCGUUACAUUCAGAAAUCAGGAGCUUUGAGCGAACCUCUCGCUAAAUGUUGGAUUUGCCAGGUCUGCGAGGCAGUCCGUUACCUCCAUGAUCAAAACAUCACACACAGAGACCUGAAGUUGGAAAAUCUACUACUUGACAAAAACUACUUCAUCAAACUGUGUGAUUUCGGCUUUGUGAAAGGUGAUUGUAUGAAGGACCUUAGCAGGACCUACUGUGGUUCUAAAUCGUACGCAGCUCCAGAAAUCCUCAAAGGAGAACCGUACGAACCUAAGAAAUCCGACAUCUGGGCAAUAGGAGUCAUCCUGUACAUUUUCAUCACUGGUAAAAUGCCGUUUGAUGAAAGCAAAGGGAACUCCGGUGUUCUGGACGAACAGAGAAGACUGGAUUUUCCCUGGCAGAAAUACAAGAAGGUAACAGAAGCUUCCAAGGCCCUAGUCCUGUGGAUAUUCCAAUACGAAUACAGGUGUCGGCCCGAUAUUGUAGCUGUCCUGAGUUGUAUUUGGUUGCAGACUGCUUUGAAGGUGGAAAGCCUUGAAAACAUGGCGAUAGAAGGGGAGAAAGCAUACAAAAAGAGGCAGGUGGAGAAAGAAGAGCGGAAACGAAAAGCAGCGGAGGAAGCUGCUAAGAAAUCUGAAGGGAAAGGGUCUCCAACAGACGCGAACUGACUCCUCUGUGCAAUAUGUUCAGUUUUAUUUAUUUUCACCGGUUACUUGAUGGAACUUUCAUCCCAAACUGUUGCUGUUUACGUGAUGACUCUUUUGUUGAGUUUGGCAUAUUUUAGGAAGAUUCCAAUUUGAACGAUUUCAAAAGUGCCACACUGUCACAAGAAAGGGCCAAAUUGACAAAAGCCUGUAUACUUCCCCAACUCCUUAUUUCUAACUUUUUCGUUAGAUUUUUGAAUCGUGGUGUUUAAUUUAGUGUCCUCUGAUAUGUGUUUGUCAGGGCCCCGUUCCACAAACCGAUCGUCAGUCUAAGGUUACAGUAAACGAUUUAAGACAGUCUUAACAGUACGUUCGCUUUGUGGAACAGGGCCCUGUAGGGUAGUCUAUGGUUAGUUUCUAAAUUUCUGAAAAGCAUAGUACUAUUUUUGGAGACUCCGGCAAGCGCUGAUGUGAUAAUUAUAUUUGGAGUUAUACAUGUCAAUUUAUAUAAUUUUAUAUCCGGGAUAGAUAUAAUUAAUGCAGUUUGUAGCCAUUUACGGGAUAUCUAUGUAUAUUUCUAUGUUAUUGCUGAUAGUGAACAUUUAGGAUGAUGCAUGUGUUAUUAUGUAUUUGAUAUGAUUUUAUAGUGCUUAUAGAUUUUCAUGAUAUUGAUAGGCUGUGAUAUUUUUACUGCCGUUAAGGCUAAAGUCUAGGGUAGGGUCGCGAAGUGUUUCUAGGGAUCUACAUCAGUGAGAACACACGGUAGUUAAUUGCAUUAAUACCCUUUUCUUUAUUUGCCUUUACUUUUAGUCGAUUUGUAUAUAGGAGGGCUUUCGUAUUUUGCAUUGUUUGUUUAAUAAACGAUUGGGUACGA